UCAACUAAGUUUGGUAUAUGUAUUGACAAUAAAGGAAUUGUGUAAUUAAUUUGUGUCCUGAUCUCAAUCAGACUUCUUUUUCACGUUCCCUCGAAUUAUGGAAGUUUUCUAGUUUGGUUGGUUACAAGAAUUUAGGUCAUUGUUAUCCAAAAAAGAAUUCAGGUCAUUUUUGCGGGCAUUGAUCACUUGACCUUGUCUUAAUUUUAUUUUGCAACUGGAACAUUUUUCUCUGUGAAGAACUGCCUAAGUGUCUGCCCACUUUUGUUGGUUUCGUGAAUGUGUAAGUUGCUGGAUUUCAACAGUGGAAGUUGCAUUCUUUUUCUGGUUAAUCUUAAAUUGACUUUGGAGUCUUUGUUUUAUUUAUCUGACUGUAAGCACACUAGCAAAAAAGAAAACCAUGGAUUCCAAGUCAACCAAAUUGGCAUAUAAAAUCUGUGAAUAUCUUUGAUCAUUGAUAUGGCUUCUUUGCAUUUUAUGGUCUAGGCAUAUUUGAUUGAUGAACUUCAGAUUGUUUUCUUCAUUAUUGAUCUUAAGUAGAUUAUUAGCCUAAGAAUUUCAGAGCAAGUGAAUAAUAUCUUCUGAGUUCUGCCCUUCAUGAAAUAGAAUUUUGUGAACUGGAAUAGUUAGAUAUGUAGCAACAACACAGAGCAAAUUUAAUAAAGCACUCCAGUGUUUGAUAUACUACAGGAAAGUUUACACUAUGCAUGACACUAUAGGAAAGGUGACACUAUACUGUUCAAUUAACUACUGUUAUUAUUCUCCCAUAUAGGGAUAGGGGGUUAGAUGUGAGAUUACUAUGCAAUUUUUAUAAGACUUAUACGUUUUCUGUGCAGCAACAAAAUGUAUUUUUAUCUCUCUCAUCCAUGUUUCAUUCUUAUUGUGAUUUAUAACCAAUACUAUGACACGAUAUUAAUUUUAGGUUUCUUUAAGUUAACUCCUAUGGAUAAGAGCUGGAUUGAGAUAAGGAAUAGGCUAGACCCUACCUAUAUACAAGGGGUAGAAAAGUUCAUAGAAUUUGCGUAUGAUAAAAAGCAUCCAGAUUCAAAGAUAUAUUGUCCUUGCAAGAAAUGUGUGAACCUUAUAUUUGGGACAAGAAGUGGCGUGAAAGAACAUUUAAUUAUAAAUGGAUUCAAUACUAAGUAUACAAGAUGGACACUUCGCGGAGAGUCUUUAGCUUCAUCUAGUAGAAAUGAAUCGGAUGCAAAUCAAAGCUCUUAUUUUCAAGAUGAUAUGAUUGGUAUGGUGCAUGAUGCAUUUGGAGUUCCAAGGCAAGAUGGUGGGAUUAGAGACAGUGAAGGACUUGAAUGUAUGGGGUUAGGGCCCGAUAAGGAGACUAAGAAAUUUUUUAAGUUGCUUGAAGAUGCACAACGUGAGCUGUACCCCAAUUGUAAGACAUUCACAGCUCUCUCUUUUACAACUCAUUUGUUGCAUAUAAAAGUGCUUGGUGGUUGGACUGAUACCUCAUAUGAUAUGCUAGUUGCGCUAUUGAGAAAAGCAUUUCCAGUUCGUGAAACCUUGCCCAAGUCGUUUGCUGAAGCAAAGAAGUUUAAUGAGGCCUUAGGCUUUAGUUACGAAAAAAUUGAUGCGUGUCCCAAGGAUUGUAUGUUGUUUUGGAAAGAUAAAAAGGGGCUGCGCAACUGCGAAAAAUGUGGAACAUCACGGUAUAAAGAAUCUACUGUCUUUUCAGAUGAUGGAAUGGCCAAACUAACACAAAUUCCUGCAAAACAAGUAAGGCAUUUUCCUUUAAAGCCAGCGCUUCAAAAGCUUUUCAUGUCAGAGGAAACAUCAAAACAUAUGAGAUGGCAUGCAGAGGGACGGACCAAUGAUGGUAAAUGGAGGCACCCUGCUGAUACACCUGCUUGGAAAACAUUCAACGAAAAACACCCUGAAUUUGCGAAAGACAUUCGAAAUGUGAGAUUGGGAUUAGCAGAUGAUGGUUUUAACCCGUUUAGAACAAUGAGCAUUACUCAUAGCACGUGGCCAGUCAUGUUGAUGCCGUAUAACUUGCCUCCAUGGUUGUGCAUGAAACAACCGUUUUUCAUUUUGGCUUUGGUCAUUGAUGGUCCUCAUGGUCCUGGAAAUGAUAUUGAUGUCUACUUGCAGCCUUUGAUUGAGGAGUAAAAAGAAUUGUGGACUGAAGGUGUGCUUACUUUUGAUGCAUCAACCCAACAAAUGUUUCGUAUGCGAGCGACAAUAUUGAUGGGAACUAUAAAUGAUUUUCUAGCGUUAGCGAUGCUAUCUGGUUGGAGCACAAAAGGAGCACUAGCUUGUCCUUCUUGCAAUGUGGAAACUCAAUCUCUAUGGUUGAAGAACUUUAGGAAGUAUUGCUAUAUGGGCCAUAGACGUUUCUUGGAUCAAGGACAUAACUUUCGGAAAGAUGCCAUAUCUUUUGAUGGAACUAUUGAAACUAGAACAAGGCCACUUCAUUUGUCAGGUGCUGAUAUUUUUAAACAAGUUCAAUUCAUUCAGAAUAAUUUUGGGAAGGGUGAAGAAAGGGGGAGAACUGCACCUAAAAAGAGACGAGUACAUGCUGAUGAUGGAAUAAGUGCCAACACUAUGGAGCAAGGAGUAGAACAUAAUUGGAAAAAGAGAAGUAUAUUUUUUGACUUAGAGUAUUGGGUGGAUAUUUUGAUUCGCCACAAUAUUGACCUGAUGCAUACUGAGAAGAAUGUAUUGGAAAACAUACUUGGGACACUACUCAAUAUUUUGGGGAAAACAAAGGACAAUCUAAAGGCUCGACAAGACCUAAAGGUCAUGCGUAUACGCACGGCACUCCAUCCUCAACAACGGCCUGGUGGGAAAGUCUUUUUACCUCCUGCUUCUUUCACAAUGAGUAAAGAACAGAAACAUGUAUUUUGCAAAGUGUUGAAAAAUGUUAAAGUCCCUGACGGCUACUCCUCUAAUAUUUCAUGCCGUGUAAACCUUAAAGACACAACUAUUUCAGGGUUGAAGAGCCAUGAUUGUCAUAUUCUUAUGCAACAGCUAUCGCCAUUGGCUGCAAGGAGGGCAUUGCCUAGACAUGUUUGUGAAGCCUUAAUUGAGUUGAGUACUUUUUUUAGACGGUUAUGCUCCAAAGUAAUGGAUCCAAAUGACUUUGAGGAUCUUAAAAAGCAAAUUGCAUUGACUCUUUGCCGUCUUGAAAAGAUUUUUCCACCUUCAUUUUUUGAUAUAAUGGAGCAUUUACCCAUUCAUUUAGCGGAACAAGCAAGUGUCGCUGGACCAGUAUAUUAUCGAUGGAUGUACCCCAUUGAAAGGUAUUUGCUUACACUCAAGAAGUACGUGCGUAAUAUGAGCCAUCCAGAGGGAUCUAUUGCAGAAGGUUAUUUGACAGAACAAUGCUUAACAUUUUGCGCACGGUACUUGCAUGAUGUUGAGACAAAGUUAAGUCGACCAAUACGAAACUACGAUGGUGAGCAUGGAGGUCGUGGUUUAAGGAAAGGAAAAUUGUUUGAGCUUGAUAACAUUGCUUGGGUGCAAGCACAUAGAUAUGUCCUAGCCAAUUCUGAUGUCGUAGCCCCAUUCCGGGAGUAAGAAAUCGAUUAUACUUGUUACUACAUUUCAUCAAUAGUACUGUAGUGCGUAUGUAAUGACUAGUCAUUUUAAUUGCACGAAACACAUUCAAGUUCUUAGAAAUGAUAGUCACCGGUUAAGUGAACGUGAUCUUAUGAGGA